AACUUCAAGCCUUUUCUUCUUCGUCGUCGUCAAAAUGGCAAACCGCGGUGGUCGUCAUGCUCGCAAUGAGGAUUCAGAAAAUACCAUCAAUUAUGUACAAUGCGAUGGUCUGGCCGUAAUGAAAAUGAUUAAACAUUGCCAUGAGGAGUCGAGCAAUAUGGAUUUGGCCCAGGGCGCCCUUCUUGGCCUGGUUGUGGACAAGUGCCUGGAAAUCACGAACUGCUUUCCCUUUCCCAAGAGCGGCGACGAGACCAUGGACGAGGAGAUGUACCAGCUGACUGUGAUGCGUCGUCUGCGCCGCGUCAAUGUCGAUCAUUUGCAUGUGGGCUGGUAUCAGAGCUCCGAUGUGGGCAACAGCCUGUCUCUGGCCCUGCUCGAAUCGCAGUAUCACUACCAGACCAGCAUCGAGGAAUCUGUCGUGGUUGUCUACGACACACAGAAGUCUUCGCGCGGCUUCCUCUGCUUGAAGGCCUAUCGUCUGACCCCGCAGGCCAUACAAAUGUAUAAGGAUGGCGACUUCACACCCGAGGCAUUCCGCACUCUGAAAGUGGGCUACGAGAGUCUCUUCGCCGAGAUCCCAAUUGUCAUCAAGAACUCUCCGUUGACCAACAUUAUGAUGAGCGAACUGAAUGAGCUGCUGCCGGAAGACAAGGGACACAACUUCCUGGACCUGGGCACCGCCUCAGUGCUGGAGAACCACAUGCGCAGCCUAAUCGAACGCGUGGACGAGCUCUACCAGGAAGCUGUGCGCUACAAUAAGUACCAGCAGGUGGUCUUCAAACAGGACACGGAAAAACAUCGUGCUCUGGCUAAGCUGGCUGCUGAGAAUGCUGUGCGCACUUCGAAGGGCGAGCCCACAGUGCCCGAGGAGGAGGUCAUCAAACAAUUCCGACCCAUGCCUGUGCCGGCUAGGUUAACGGCCACGAUUACAUCUGGUCAGAUCAAUACGCAUGCCCAGCACAUUGCACAAUUUUGCUCUCAAUCGCUGGCUAAACUUUUCAUCACCGAAUCGCUGCAGAAUGCCAAGGAAACCAAGGAGAUCAAAUAGUUUAGUUUAUGUUACAAAUCGAGUCUUUGUCUGUAUAGCGGCAACAAAAAAUAAAGCCCAAACAAUUGGCAGCUGUGUGUAAAUACAAGGCACAGCUGAGCGAACUCUUUAUGCCACAUA